AUGUCUGUGCAAAAUAGUCUUGCCAUUGAAGUAAAAAAUAGUUCAGAGAAUAUCAGUAAUGCUAGAAACAUGGGAAAAAAGGGAAGCUGGUUUUCAGCCAUCAAAAAGGUUUUUACACUCAAUUCAAAGGAGAAGCUCACCAAUGAAUCAAAUAAGAAAAGCGUUAAGGAAAAGAAGAAAGGACGGGGAAUAUUAAAGCAUGGAGAGACGAAAUCAUUCAUUCCCCUGUUCCGGGAGCCAAGCAGUAUUGAGCAAAUAUUGGGGGAAGCAGAUCAGCUGCUUAAUAAGCACACUACAUCUUCUGAACAACCAAUAACACCAACUUUUGUACCAGGGAGGCCUUCCUCGCCCGGGGUUGCUUCACCUAGAGCUGCUUCACGUAAAUUUCACUCCCUGAAGGUAGCUUCUCCAAGGACUGCUUCUCCUAGGUUUUCGUCCUUGAGGCCUGUUUCUCCUAAAGCGGUUUCUCCACGGGCUGCCUCUCCUAAAUUUGCUUCUCCUAAGGUAACUCGAGUGCGUGAGGAAAUUAGCUAUGCUAACAGGCGAGAACCAACUCCAGCAAACCAGCACCUUUCUGCUAUUAAGAUCCAGGCAGCAUAUAGAGGGUACCUGGCAAGGAGGAGCUUCGGAGCUUUGAGGGUGUUAGUGAGGCUUCAAGGAGUGGUAAGAGGCCAAAACGUGAAGCGACAAACAAUGAAUGCGAUGAAACAAAUGCAGCUCUUGGUUCGGGUUCAAACACAAAUUCAAUCACGAAGGAUUCAAAUGCUAGAAAACACGGCACUUCAACGCCAAGCUUACAAGAACGAUGUGGAGAGUACCCUGAGCCAAUGGUCACAGAACCAGCUGACCAAGGCUGGUCAAAAUGAAGAUUGGGACGAUAGCUUGCUAACUAAAGAGGAAAUGGAAGCGAGGAUCCGGAAAAAGGUGGAGGCUGUCAUUAAGAAAGAAAGAAGUAUGGCCUAUGCCUAUUCUCACCAGUUAUGGAAAGCAAAUCCUAAAUCAGCUCAGACGGCUCUGGACAUCCGAUCCAGUGGAUCGCCCUGGUGGUGGAACUGGUUAGAACGUCAGCUGCCUACAACAAAUACACCCGAGAGCCAAGUUGCUUCGAAAACUAUUACUAUAACUCCUCCAAGGCCAAUUUCAGAGCACAAGCCAAGUCCACUACUUCAUGCUGGCAACUAUAAGCACAAUAAUUUCAGUUUUGACGGUCAUGAAUCUCUAUCUCUUACGCCAAAGUCAUCAAAAUCAGCAAUCCCGGUCAGAACCAAACAAAUGCACACUCCGGGUAGGACACCACCACCUGUAGCAAACACCCCGACUCGUAUGAAAUAUUCAAAACAGAGAGCAAGUGCGGCCAAUUCGCCUUAUGAUGUUCCUUUGAAAGAUGAUGACAGCCUCACAAGUUGCCCUCCAUUCUCUGCUCCGAGUUACAUGGCUCCUACUGUCUCGGCUAAAGCUAAGGUGCGAGCAAACAGCAAUCCAAAGGAGAGAAUCCUGGGAACUCCAGGCAACGAUUCAAAGAGGCGGUUCUCGUUUCCUUUGACGCCAAACAUCGGGCCUUUCAAGUGGAAUAAAGGAUCAAACAAAGAUUCUACUUCUCAAAAGACAUUGGAAAAACAACAGCCUUUGUAUUCUAUACGAGACAUGAGUGUGGAUUCAACUGUUUCUAUGCCUGCAACAGUUGGGAGAAAGCCAUUUAACAGAUUUGUGUGA